CAACAACUUAAAGAGAUAACUGGGAACUGACGAUUCGUCAAAAGUCGAAGCACACUUUAGUUUUCUCCUGUAUCGUUGGGCGGGAGGACCUCCGCCUCCGGUGCUUCGACGUGUACUUUCAAGAUUCAAAACACCUUCCGGCUCUUCCUGUACCAUAUUUAAAAUGACUGCCCUAACAUGGCUGGGAAACGCGGUUCUACCGGAACCUCCGAAGGAGCUUCUAGGUCCGCUGGGAGUCCCGGAAAAGACACUGAUGGCACCGGGACCGAGCAACGCCUCCAACCGAGUUCGUCACGCUUUGCAGCACCCGCUACUGGGUCAUCUACAUCCGGAGAUGUGUCAGUUAAUGGAUGAAGUCAAAGCAGGGAUUCAGUACGCCUUUCAAACAAAAAAUCGUCUUACAUUGGCGAUCAGUGCAUCAGGACACGGAGGUAUGGAAGCUUGUCUUGGGAACAUCCUUGAACUCGGUGAAACUGUUUUGAUCGCAAGAUGUGGUCUUUGGGGCGAAAGGGCUGCGAAUAUGGCAAUCAGGAUCGGAGCUCACGUAGAGUUCCUUGACACCAAGCCCGGUGUGGCUUUUACUCUGGAACAACUCGAAGCUGCUGUCAAACGACAUCGUCCAGCGGUUGUAUUUGUGGUUCACGCAGAAUCAUCAACUGGUAUGAAACAGUCUCUGCCAGGUGUUGGUGAUAUUGUUCACAGAUACGGCGGGCUGCUUAUCGUUGACACCGUGGCUUCAAUAGGCGGUGAAUCCUUCUACGCAGAUGCUUGGGGCGUCGAUGCCGUCUAUACCGGAAGUCAGAAAGUGCUUGGCGCACCUCCCGGCAUAACGCCGGUCACCUUUAGUCCCGCCGCUGAGAAGAAGAUAUUUGAGAGAAAAACCCAGGUUCCAGUUUAUUACUGGGACAUGACGAUACUCGGCGAUUAUUGGUCUUGUUUUGGCAAGUCGACGCGCAUUUAUCACCACACAAUCAGCGCUACACUGAUCUAUGGAUUGAGGGAAGCAUUGGCUCAGCUUGCUGAAGAACGACUUCCAAAUAGCUGGGCAAGACACGCCGCUGCUGCAGCGAGGCUGGAAAAGCGCCUUGCUGCUCGUGGUUUGGAAUUCUUCAUUUCAAAUCCGGAGAAUCGCUUGCGUACGAUUGUUUCAGUCAAGGUGCCUCCAGGAGUCGAUUGGAAACUUGUGACACAACGAGCGAUGAAAAAAUACAAGGUGGAAAUUGGGGGAGGUCUCGGCCCGACUGUUGGAAAAAUCUUUCGCAUCGGAUUAAUGGGAGUUAACGCUGAUACUGAACACGUGGAUCGAGUAUGGGAAGCAUUUGAUGACGGCUUGAAGUAUGCUAGAACAGCGAAAUUGUAAGCUGUGGAUGCGGAUGGCACAUAAUGGACGCGGAAGAAUCGUUUAAUCGUUCGAUCAUGCAUGUCUUCCUCGCUGGAAUGUCGGACGUUGCGAGCCACAUGCUGUGUUUAAUUUCCGACUUUAUUGGUUAUUGAUUUACAAGAAAUAUUCAAUGUAUCGAAAGUGGAUUGAAAUACAAUCGUUAUGUACGGUGGU